UAAAUAUUUGGGACCUCUACAUUUUGCUGCCAUCAUCUGACGCCAUUGAGGGGGUGCAGAGGAUCCCGGAUUGCGGCGAUGUGGACAGAAUUUCGCUGAAUUUCUCCACUGAAAAGGACGUUCUGAGUGAGAUUGAGCCACAGUUACCAUGGAAACCCAGGUGCCCCUCCCGGGCACGCCCAUGGCGGUGCAGACCCAGCCGCCCCCGCCCCAGCCGUCCGGUAAGCAGCUGACAUUACGCUUCCCGGAGCAGAGUCAGUCGCUGGUGCGCAGUUUUCGUGACUUCCAGCAACACGGACACUUCUGUGAUGUCACCUUCCGUGUGCAGGACGAACUGUUCAGGUGCCACAAGGUGGUGCUUGCAGCGCGGAGCUCGCUGUUCCAGAGCAUCCUGUCAGACGCCAACCUGCAGCCCAGCGAGGCCAUCCAGCUGGACCUGAUCGGAGCCAACAUCUUCUCGGCGCUGCUCAGCUACAUGUACACCACGGAGAUCGUGUUCACGGACAACGAUCGCGAGGCGCGGGACCUGCUGUCGGCGGCCAGCCUGCUGCAGCUGCACCCUGUGGUGGAGAAGCUCACACAGUUCCUGCAGGACAAGAAUGCAGUCCUACAGGCAGAGAGCAGAGCACUGCUCGCGGGAGAGAACAGGCCCGUACGUCCGGAGAUGGUGGAUGAAGGGACCAUCACCGAUGCAGCCAUCACUCUCCUGCCGGCGGCCGCACAGCAGGGCGACGACGUCCACUCCCGCAUGUUCAGCGAGAUCCUGAGCGGCGGAACGACCAGCAAACCAGCCGAGCUCAGUAAAGGAGCGGAAGAAGUCGACCAGGCCGCCAGCCAGCCGUCCACAAGUACACAGCAGACAGACGUACCGCCAGAACAGCCACAGUACGCAGAAGAUGAAGGCGAGGAGUCGGAUUUGGAUGCCGGCGCGAUCGAAGACGUCUCGGACUGGGAGCCGGACGGCCCACCGACGCCACCCGUCGGGAAACGCAGGCGGGGACGGCCGCGGAAGGGAGAGAAGCGGGCAGCCAGGCCGCGGAAACGGAAGAGGAAGGAGAAGGGCAUACCGGACUGGAACCUGUCUAAGGACCAGCAGGCGUGGGUGAACCAGACGCUGGAGAAGGUGGAGAAGAGACAGAAGAACUGUCCCGACUGUGAGAAGGUCUUCAAGACUCCACUGGACAUGAGGAAACACUUGAUACAGGUUCACUCCCCAGAGCCGCUGUUCCGCUGUCAGUACUGUCAGAUGACCUUCCGCACCUUCCUGGGGAUAUCACGCCACAAGAAGGGUCACGAGAAGGAAGAGGAGUGCAUAGCUGCAGUAGAAGGGGCUCCUGAAACACCCCAGAUGGAGAGAACCAAGCACCAGUUCACAGAGGAGCAGAAACAGUGGAUCAGAGACACGCUGGAGGACGUGGGGAAGAGACAGAAGAACUGUCCGUCAUGUGACAAGGUGUUUGACACACCUGCCGCCAUGAGGAAACACCUGCUACAUGUCCACUCCAAGGAGCCCCUAUUCUCUUGUAACAUCUGCUUGGCGAAGCUGCGUACGAGCAGCGGUCUGCGGCGCCACUCCCAGACACACAUCCAGAACAAGCAGCACAUCUGCCCCAUGUGUGCCAAAACCUUCAGUCGCAGGGACCAUCUAGUCAAACAUGUCAGGGUCCAUACAGGAGAGAAGCCGUAUAAGUGCCCUGACUGUGAGCGCCGGUUCAGGACUAACUGGGAGGUCAUCCAGCACAAACGUUACCAGAUCUGCAACACUCAAGGUCCUUUCAUCUGUAAGCACUGUGGCCUGGAGUGUCGUGGUGCGCCCUCCCUCAGGCUGCACGAGGCUGAACACAACGAGGAGAAGCAGUUCCAGUGUGAGGUAUGUGGGAAAGGCUUCGCCCUGGAGGAGAACCUGAAGCGUCACCUGACGGAACACGCAGACAUCCCGUCUGUCCGCGACACGCUCAACUACAAGUGCUCGCUCUGCCGCUUCGUCACCACGUCCAAACAGAACCUGAAACACCACGAGCUCAGGCACAAGGGAGAACGCUCCUUCCUGUGUGACUUCUGUGGACAGAGCUUCCUCACAGGGACCAAGCUGAAGCGGCAUAAGUACAUCCACAUGUCAGAGUUGGAGCGUCCUCACCACUGUCAGCUGUGUGGGAAGGGCUUCAUCCAGAAGAACCACCUCAAGAUCCACAUGCAGAAACGUCACCCGGAGUACGGCGGCCGCGGGCCCGUCCCGUUUACCGGGCAGGUGGCCCCGCAGCCCCAGCCCGCGGCCUGCUCGCUGGCGGCUACGUUCAGUAAUGUCCUGACGGUGGACCUACAGCAGUUGGUCAGCAGCACGCACCACCAGUAGUCUUAGCUGUGGGUAGUAGAGUAAUUAGAGCCAUACCAAUUUGAUUCUUUGGUUCUUUAACAUCUCAAAGUUCAAGCAAUUAUAGAACAUUUAGUA